GCUACGGGCUGAUCAGUCGUGCGUGGCACUUCACACGCGUUGUGUCUUUUCGUUUCUGUCUCUUGGACAUUUUACGGAUCUCAUCGUUAUCAUCCACCCGCUUGUACUUUUCCUUUCUCUCGCUUCGCUUUGCCUUUCCUUCAUCUUCCUUUUUGCUCUUUCUUCCUUCCUCGCUCUUACUAUCGCACCCCUUUCUUCCUCUUGUGCUUCUUCCUUUGUUUCCCCCAUAUUUCUCGCUCCCCUCUCCUCUGCCGCCGUACCUGUCUUCUAUUUUCAUCUUUUCCUGUUUCCAUUUCUCUUUGAGAAACCAAACUGCAUUCGACCUUUCGAUGUUUCGAAAAUCACAAUAACACGGAUCUGUCGUUUCGAGUGAAAAUCGCGUGCUUUUCGUUGCAACGGCUCCGAAUGCCGCAAGUGAAGUCUAUUCGCCAACAUCCAUGUUGAUUUUAGUGUAAACUUGACGCCGUGUGUUACUGUCCUCAAAGUGCAGAGAUUUUCAAAGUUACCGCUGCUUCCAGUUGGGUGGUCUGCUUUUUUGAACUCUGAUUAGGCUACCGAACAUAAUCAAGAAGACUGUGUACGCCAUACGUGAUACGAGUGAUGCAGUGAAUGAUUGAAUUAUUGUGCGUGCUACUCGGUUUCAUUUUCGAUAAAUAAAGUUUCUCUGCGAUACGGGUAAUAUCUGUUCGAGCCUUGGAGACGUGUGCUCCGACCCACCACGUGUCGCUUUCCACAACGAACAACGAAUAACAGAGAACAAACUCGUGAGUUUCAACUGUUCAACCUUACAUCUUUCUACCUUGCAUCUUCGUGACUGGACGUUCGAUUCACGUGAGUCUUCUGCUGCUAUCGAUCUAGAGAUCCUUACUGGGCAACGUUACCAUCAUACUCUCGAACGUUUUCUCCCCUUGUAUCAGCUACCUUUGACUCGAUGCAAGUGACACUCCUACGGAAGCAACGAGGAUCGAUAUUUACAAGAUCUCGCCCGCUUCAGAUUCAAUCGUUCCUCAUCGAGCGUUCACGAUGGCCGUUCGUUUAUGACAAAUCCAGCGCGUAUAAGAAGCGAGCAAAGCGGCGGAGCGGCAGCGGUGACGUCCGGAAGCGAAAGCCGGAGAAGCAGCGGCGAGAGCGUGCCAGUGCCGGUGCCGGUAUCGGUGCCGGUGCUCGUGCCUCUCGACGGACCGAGGAAACAGGGACGAGAGACUACGUUUCCUUUCUGCCAGGUGCGCUCGUAUUCUCAUCCAAAGUGGCUAAGAGCGUAAGUCCUCAUCGAGUGCACCAGGAGUGCUCGAGCGGAGGGGAGGUGCAGGUACAGGUGCAGCAGGAGAGACGAGCACCGAGGCGCAUGCCUUACCUGGGGCCUGAUAUGACAACCCGGCUAUCCGCCAUGUUUUACACGGUUGAAGUCGGGGACACCAGAUUCACCAUUCUCAAGCGGUAUCAAAACCUGAAGCCAAUCGGUUCCGGGGCACAGGGGAUCGUUUGCGCGGCGUACGACACGGUGACCGCGCAAAAUGUCGCGAUCAAGAAACUCUCCAGACCUUUUCAGAACGUGACGCACGCGAAGAGAGCGUACAGAGAAUUCAAGCUGAUGAAGCUGGUCAAUCAUAAAAACAUAAUCGGUUUGUUGAACGCGUUCACGCCGCAACGGUCGUUGGACGAGUUUCAAGACGUGUACUUGGUGAUGGAGCUCAUGGACGCGAACCUGUGCCAGGUGAUUCAGAUGGAUCUGGAUCACGAGCGUAUGUCCUACCUGCUUUAUCAGAUGCUGUGCGGCAUCAAACACUUACACUCGGCCGGUAUCAUUCACAGGGAUUUGAAGCCGAGCAAUAUCGUGGUAAAGGCAGACUGUACGCUGAAAAUUCUCGACUUUGGCCUGGCUAGGACCGCUGGGACAACCUUCAUGAUGACGCCGUACGUGGUGACGCGAUACUACAGAGCGCCGGAGGUGAUCCUCGGGAUGGGAUACAAGGAGAACGUGGACAUUUGGUCGGUCGGAUGCAUAAUGGGCGAAAUGAUUCGAGGUGGUGUGCUGUUUCCCGGCACGGAUCAUAUCGACCAGUGGAACAAGAUAAUCGAGCAACUGGGAACGCCGGCACAGGAAUUCAUGCAGCGGCUGCAGCCAACGGUCAGGAAUUACGUUGAGAACAGGCCGCGGUAUCCGGGAUAUCCGUUCGACAGGUUAUUCCCGGACGUUCUGUUUCCAUCGGACUCGUCGGAGCACAACCGAUUGAAAGCCAGCCAAGCCAGGGAUCUAUUGUCGCGCAUGCUCGUGAUCGACCCCGAGCGACGCAUCUCCGUCGACGAUGCUUUGCUGCACAAUUACAUAAACGUGUGGUACGACGAGGGCGAAGUCAAUGCCCCUGCACCAGGCCCCUACGACCAUAGCGUGGACGAGAGGGAACACACGGUGGACCAGUGGAAAGAGCUGAUUUACCAGGAAGUGAUGGAGUACGAGACGAGCCACAAUCCGGCGACGGUGGCUCAAACGUCCGAGAGUAGUGAUUCUCGGUAGACACGCAAGAACCUUACCAUCUUUCGCGUCAGGGGCGCACCUAGACUGUCCGAUCUAUUAUACGUACAUAUAUAUACACACGCGUGCGCCAACACCUACCCGCCCACGCACAUACACGUACACAGGCCCAGGACAUAUUACGACAGAUGCGUGUGUAUAUGUAUGCAUGUAUGUAUGAAUAUAUAUACAUAUACAUACAUAUACAAAUAUAUAUAUAUAUAUAUAUUUAUAUAUAUUCGCGGAAAUGUAAAGAAAGGAAGCGACGAUUAGAAACAGUUUCACGUCCAUGGGAAAGACGUACGUUAAACGAAGAGCCAUUUUCGUUCGAGACGAAGAAGAUCGCGAAACGAAUGAAACCAGGAUAGAAAAGGAAAGUGCGAGAGAUAGAGAGAAAGGGGGGAAGGGAGAGAGAGAGAGAGAGAGAAAAUGUGUGUAUGUGUGUGUGUGAGAGGACGAGAGCGAGCACGGCCGAGCACAGGAGAGAAAAUGUGAGAUGGAGCGAAAGGUAGAAUGGUAAAGCGCUUAUUUGCGAGGAAAGAGCGAAAAGAAAAAAAAAAAUAGUCGGCAACAGAGAGAAAGAAAAAGAGAGAGAGAGAAAUAUGUCGUUCGCGCGGACGUACGAGGCAUAACGAGCGCGCGUUUGCGAAAACGUAUAUGCGAUAGGAAUCCCUGCAACAACCAAAGCAUCGACGCGAUUCGGAGGUCCGCCAACGAACGCGUUCACUCGACAAACAGGAUACAUAUGUACCGCGCGACGUUCGUCGUUGUUCUCGCUCGGUCUUCUUGUUCCGCUUUCCGAGCGUAUCUCCUUUGUGCGGGAAACGCGCAUUCGUUCGCAACGAACGUUCUCCGCGAUCGAGCUUACAAUUAGUUGAAAAGUUUGCAACACACGCGUCGCCGAUCGAUCCAGAACUCUGGAAUAUCCCGUUUUCCAAACCGACCUAACGCAACUGGUUCGUUGUAUCCGGUCGCGUCUCACGUGGUCCGGUCGCGUCGCGAACCAAACCGAACGAGAAUUCUAAUGCUCCUUCGUCUUUUCCCGCUUGAUUCUUCCUCCUUGUCCUUUUCACCUAGCACACUUACUUUCUUCUUUCGCUCUUCUACGAUCAGAAAUCAGACGAUUGGUUUAAACGAAAAUAUGCCGAUGAAAACGAUAAACUGCCGAAAAGAUUUAUCUUAGUUCGCGAUCGUGCCGCGCAUCUUUUCAUUACUGCCAUCGUAACGAACGAGCCGCUCUUUUUUCUCCCUGAUCGCGCGCGAUCGAUUCGUGUCGACCCGUCGCGUUUCUUGCAGCGAACGUGCAACGAAACGCGAUGACAAUUGAUUUUCUUCGGAGCAGCAUCUUUGUACUCGCGUGUUUGCUAGAUGGUCGAGGAAGACUCGUCGCGAUGUUGGUUCGCGGCAAUAACGACGUGCGGGUAACACGCGGAUGGAACGCGAUAAAAGCGUACUCGAAUGAUUCGAAGAAAGUGACGUGCGAUGAGAGUGAUAGAGGGGGGAGGGGGGGGGAAGGCAACGAGUAAGUAAGUAAGUCACAUAGUCGAUCGAAACGAAUGCAAUUUUCUACGUAAUUCCAAAAGCGUCCAAAGUACAGGGUGCCGCUGAAUACAAGAGCUCGAGCAUUCCCUUUUCAAAAUCCGAAUUUCGAUUUACCGUGAUUACGCGUUUAAUCAUCGAGCGAGAACAUUGUGUGUAUUUUUAUAUGCGACUCGAAAUGCGUGCUUUUGUCUCAUCGUUUUCGUGCGCUCGUACGCCACCGAUAUUUUGUAACGCUAACUUUGUAAGAUGGAAAGCCGAGAAAGAACACGAAGAGAAAGCGAAGGGAUCCAGCGAUACCUAAAAUAAGCAUCGUCGAGCACGACAAGGCCACAGUCGAAUCCGUUUCUUCGAAAACUGAAAGUGCAAUGUCGCGGCGAUUGAUCCUCGAGUACCGCGACGAUGUUAUCCGCGGUUAUACUUGUCGAUUGUAUUUAGCUAGAUAGUUCCUUAGGUAAAAACUCGUUUUCCUUGUGCAAUCGUACGAUCGUCGUGCCGUUGCACGACGAUGAAUGCCGUCGCGAUGACAAUUAGAAUAUAUAUAUAUAUACAUAUAUAUAUACAUAUAUAUAUCGUGUGUGUAUAUAUAUAUAUAUAUAUAUACGACAUAUAAUAUAUAAAUCUCUCUAUAUAUUAUAUUAUAUUAUAUUAUAUUAUUAUAUUAUAUUAUAUUAUAUUAUAUUAUAUUACAUUGUAUUGUAUUGUAUUGUAUUGUAUUGUAUUGUAUUGUAUUGUAUUGUACUGUAUUAUUGUAUUGUAUUGCAUUGUAUUGUAUACACGAAGAACAAUAUUUCGUAAUUUCUGGAAAAUUUCACUGUCGAUGAACAAACGGCAAUAAUUGGCAAAGUUAAAGUUUCGACGAUGAUCGUUCGUGCGUGUACAAGGGAAAUAAGCACGAACGACGUGUUCGUAUCGUUCGUUUCGGCGUUCCUUCGUUUCUUGCUGGUUGCUGGAGGAACGGCGACGACGUCGACUUCGUUGUCGCAAGGACGCAACCGCGGGCUUUGUUUCUCGACCAAAAAGAACGCUCCGCCCAGCAACGUUAUUACACAUUUCCGGUUAUGCUUUAGGGAAAGGACUUACGAGCGUUGUUUGUUUCACGAGGAACGUACUAACUUUAGGGUUAAGCUUGAGUAAAGGGAAUGCGCGUUAUUCCAAAGCGACACGUUUCGUGGCAAUAUCUGUACAGUAGUCGGACCGAGAUACGCGACUGAAAUAUCUUUAUUUUUGACGACGACGACGACAACGACGAUGAUAGUGACCAUGACGAUGACAGAAACAGAGAUAACGACUACUACUAAACUGGUGAUUAUUAAUAUUACAGUUAGUAGUAUUGAUACUACCACCACUACUACUACUAGUAUAACUACUAUUACUAUUAUCGCUAUUACUACCGCUCUAUUACUACUGCUACUAUUACUACUACUACUACUACUGUUACUGUUACUACUACUGCUACUACUACUACUACUACUACCACUACAACAACAACUACUACUACCACCACCACCACCACCAAUACUACUACAACUACUUCUACUACUACUACUACUACUACUACUACUACUACUACUUCUACUACUACUACUACUACUACUACUCUACUACUCUACUACUACUGCUACUACUACUACUACUACUACUCUACUACUACUACUACUACUACUACUACUACUACUACUACUACUAUUCCUAUUAUUUGUUUAUUAUUAUUUUUAUCAUUAUCCGAUUAUUAUUAUUAUUAUUAUUAUUAUUAUUAUUAUCAUAAAAAUGAAUGUAUUUAUUACCGUUUAUUGCGAGUCGAGUUAUCGAGACGAUCGAAAGGACAGUGAGUAAUUGUAAUGUAAACGUUGAAUUUUUAUUUUCCACGACGAUAGUCAUGUGAAUAUAUUGCUACAGUCCGAUCCAAAUAAUCAAGCUUUUGUAACACUAAUUAUAAUAAAGUAACGGUGAUACUGCUAAUCGCGUAAUUGUAUCGCACACGGUAAUUCGGAUAUGAAGCGUCGAGUGGCCGCGUAGGUAGAAGAAAUUUGCGUGUAUCAUAUAAGUGAGAUAUAAGUACGCCAAAAAUCUUUACAAAUUCAUACGAAAUCGUUCGUUUUAGUUUUCGAUUCCUUUUUACUUCCUUGCGUAUCUAGUGGCAAAUGAGCGGCAAACAGCGGCGAAAUCGCGGCGCUCCCUUCGUUCACGAUGGGUGUGCGCACAAUUUUUCUCUCGCUCGAGGAGAAACCAACUAUAAACAGCCCGUACUCCUCGAGCGAGUUCUCGACGCUCGGUCUCUGUCGUCCGCGAUGUUACCGGGGCGGUUGACGAACGUGCGCAGACGGCAGAGAACGAGAAAAUGUGGCGAGAUGCUAUUUUUCCACGCGUGUACGAUGUCAAAGUCUCUUUCUUCGCACAGUGCGAACGCGCAGAAAGGAGUCGGUGAACCGUGAUUCCUUGUAAUUUCGUCCAGCUCCACGAGCCAAAAGCACAAUAUCUCGACGCUUUCGGGACACAUCGAAUUCGCUUCUGGCGAGCUUUCCUUCUUCCCAUUCAAACGAUAUCACGCGAAACAGAGGGACGCGACACGGAAGCUCGGAAAAGCGGAAGUCAGAGGGAGAACCGAGAGAACGGCGGACCUCGAAAAUCCUCUCACGAACGAACGUUGUUAAUAUCGCGUGCGUAUUUCCUUUUCCGAUAGACUCGCGACUUGUACAACCGCGACCGGAAUUUCUAAAGAUUUUUGGGUAUACGCUCUAUAUGUACGGAGGAACGACGGAAAUAAUUGCUGGUUGUAAGCCGGGAGGAAUGCAGGAUAGAGGAACGAGACCGCGACGACGUCCGCGAGAGAAAAGGAGAACAAGAUUGCCAGGUCUCGAGGAAACGCGGUCGAAUCGGCAGAUAUCGAGAUCGCGCGAUUUCCGGCGCUUCGAGGUUUUUCGUAGAAUUGUAGACGCACUUCGCGCCUCCGAAUCGAUAGAUACAACACUAUUGUUUCUACCGAGUGCGUUUUUUUCUUAUUUCGUCCGUAGCCGGAACGAAUUUAGCCGAUAGUAUCGAUAACGAUAACGCGCUCUAGGCAUUACGAUAAUAACGAUAGCAAUAGCCAUAGACGUAAUAACGAUAAUGAAACGAGCGCUAGACGAAAGAGAAUACGCGAUAAUACAAUAAUUGUUACACGGUCGUGGUAGAUGAGAUGGAAAGGACUUUGCAAUCCUUUUCCGGAGAACACGUGUAAAACGACCUUGUCGACACGAUUACUUUCAAAACAGAUUCAAAUAUAUAGCACGACAACCUCGUAUACGAUAUUUGCACAACCAACCGACAGAAACUUGGAGCGACCUUAGAACGCGCAAUAUCGGUGACCGGAGACGACGAGAACGUAAUUAAAGUUGAACUAAUAAAGCAACAGCCGACAAAAGAAAUUCGUAAUAACGAAUCACGAUAAUAACGAUAACAAUAAUAAUAAUAAUAAUAAUAAUAAUAAUAGUAAUAUUAAUAAUAAUUACAAUAAUAUUAAUAACGAUUUACGGUAAUCGACGUUUACUCUAGUAUUAACUUUAACGCUAAUACUAUGGAUAAUGUUAAUGUUAACGAUACUACUAAUAGUACUACUAAUGGUAAAAAUAACAAAGAAUAGUAAUGCUAAUAAUAAGAGUAACGAUAAAGAAGAACAAAAUUAAUAACGAUAACAAUAAUAAUAUUAUUAGUAACAAUAACGAUAAUCGUGUCCAUUGCCUGUCGCAAAAGGAAAACGAUGCAUAAAAUAACCGGGUACCUACAAAGUGACGUGCCUUUGAGACUUUUCGAAGCAAACGAUCGGUUCGCCGUUAGCUUUCGACUUCCGUCCGUGGAACCCGGUUCCGCGGACGUGUCCGUAUUGCGCGUUUCCAGGGAAACUCGACUCCUUCGGCAAUCGCGAUCGUGCUCGAUCCUUUAGUCACCGCAUCUGCGACACCUGGCAACGAAUCUUCCGAGUUUCGAGUCGUGAACCCACUACCUAGAUCGUAGAUAGGCAACCGCCAGCGAUUGCCAAGAAACGGAGAAAAAGUGAGCGAGAGAGAGAGAGAGAGAGAGAGCGGAAGCGAGUGUAUGCGCGUGUACGAGAGAUAGCAAGAGAACAAGGAUCUAAGGAAAUAAUAGUCGACGAUAACUAGCGGUCGGGUAAUGUGCGAAUUAACGAUAAUCCUUUUCUUAGCGCGAUAGAGCAGGCAUAAUAGAGAAGCGACGAAUAUUUUGAAACGAUUUAAUCGUCGGCCAGUUUAGGGGAAGGGAAAGAGGAAAUAAAUGAAGCAAAAUAACAAUGUCCAUGUUGCUAAAUAUUAGCGGUGAAGUAGUUUGCGUAUAGCGACGUGUUAGUUAAAAAAAUUAGUGCGUAGUGCGAGUGAAACAGAUGGGAUGAAAUGGAGAAACACCGAGAGGGUGGAAAAGGGAGCGAGAGCUUGAGUGAACGCGAAAGAGAACACGAGCGAAAAUUAUCGCGUGGAUACGCAUUUAUAUAUAUAUAUAUAUAUGUAGAGUGGUAAAAUCGAGAGUAUCACACGUACGUGAAACAUACACAAACAAAUGGACAGGCGUGUGGUAAAACGCGGAGAGCAAGAAUAAAAGCAAGAGCGAGAGCAAGAGGAAGGUUGGAUCUGAGAAACGCAAAGGGUAGUAGCAGAAAAAGGAAGAAACAAACGAAGACGAAAGAAGCUAGAUACGCAGAUACACGCGAGAAACACACGAAGCAUAGUAGACACGUAGAUUACAGUUAGGAGAUAGAAUUUUAGGUGAAGUUAUCGAGCCCGUUCCUUCGUAUUAGAUAUGGUAGCGUUAGAGAUGCCCGGCACGCCUCGAAACGAGGACACGUGGUCUGCACCUACCGACUUGGUGGAAAAGAGCUUCGCUCCAACGACGUUUCUUUUGUUUCUCAUCGAAGAAGAAGAAGAAGAAGAAGAAGGAGAAGGUGAAGAAAGAAAAGAGGAGCGUUAGACAACGGCCGCUUGUUACUUCCUCGAGCCGUUCGUUCUUCUCGAUGCAUUCCAUGCUGCGUUUCGUUCGCCACUUUUCCCAAUGGAUCUUUCUCACGAAGAUCGACUUUCCCAGCAAUAAAAGGAAACAGAGAGGGAAUAGACAAGACACAGGAUAGAAACGCGUUCGAAUGGCACGCAUGUAGGGUAGCGACAUCGACGCGACGAGCGCAGAAAAAGAAACAAAAUUUCGUUUUGUAAUUCGCAGAGGCGAAUAAUCGCAGCAAGGCUAGGGCGCACAAGGAAAGAAUAGCGAAAAACGCGAGAUAGAGAAGAAGGGAGUCAACGAAACGGUAAAUGGUAAACAGGGAGAGAAAGAGAGAGAGAGAGAGAGAGAGAGAGCGAGAGAGAAAGAGAGUGUGUGAGAGUACCGUACCCAUUGUAGUCGCGCGUAAAUUAUUAUAAAUAUGAAAACAUUAAUAUUAUCACCGAGCAUAUUGUAUACCUCUUCUGUACAUACAGCUGAACGGCACCAACAAUAACGAGUUACGAUUUUGUCGUAGCCACGAUGGGAAACGGCGAACGUCAGAUCGAUGUUGCGUAUUGUCUUUUUUGCGUGGCGAGCAAUCGAAGCGAGUAUGAUCGUAAUGUAAUUAUAUUACCGCUGCGGUACGAUGUAACUGCAUGAUCGACGGCACCGUAUACAUAUACAUAUACAUGUAUAUAAAUAUAUAUAUAUGUAUAUAUAUGGUAUAUAUAUAUAUAUAUAGUAUAUAUAUAUAUAUAUAUAUAUAGUAUAUAUAUACAUAUUAUAAAUACAUUUCGUAGGACGAGGAUCGCGAUGGCGAGCGAUGAUUUUCUAUUAUUGCUAUAAUUAUUACCAUUACCGUGAUUACGGUUUCUUACGAUGAUCGCUGCGACGACGACGACGAUGAUUAGUACUUACGCGGAUGAGUGUGUUACGAGAGAGUGGCAGGGUAACCGUAACCGAAUGCUAUGUACGGAAAAGUUGAGAGAAAGAACGAAAAAGCGUGUAUCGUUGGCGUGCUCGUCGGACGAGUGUCGCGGGGCAGGGAAGAAGGAUGUAUCCGUCGAGCAGCAGCGUUGUGGACCUUAUUCGUAGGUGUAGACUAACGCGAGCAACAAGGGGUUCCUAAAUGUUGUCCGGACGAUUCGCCAACAUCCGAGGGAGAGCGUACGGGCGAGGAUUUUCCAUCGAAACGAAACGAAAGUGAAUGCGAAAGAAAAAGCACGGGAAGACGUAGGCUGACAGAAAGUAAAAGAGAAGAGAAUCGGCGCUCGUACGCGUCCUGGCGAUGGAUCGCGUCGGCUUCGCACAGCCGUCUCGAAUACAGAGAAAGCCGACUCUUUUUCGCUGAUAUUUCUUUUUUCACGCACCGACGAUGGAUCCCCGAUUUUUAGUCCCGCGAGCGAAUAGGCGAACGACAAAGAGGCAACGCGAUCGAGCCCCAGCGUUCAUUCUCCGUUUAUUUAUCGUUUAUUUAACGUUUAUUACCGUUUAUUACCGUUUAUUACCGUCGAGAAAACGGAACUUCCCCCGAUGAAGUUCGAAGCCACGUUUCUAGGCGUAAACGAUCAUCCUGUGGUUAUUUCUUGGCAGAAGCGAACCAAUGCUCAAACGCUGUUGGUUUAAAGUGAAUAAAAAACAGCUGAGAAACCAAGAUUUUCUUUACCCGUCUGUACCUAUAGGCCUGUAACACGUCGUGUAUGUGCAGUGGAGUAUAAAGGGAAUAAUAAAGAGUACACACUUUUUA